ACGCCCCUCCCGUGCCUCUUACACAAACAGCAGCAGCUCGAGAGAGAGUAAAUAGAGAAAAGAUGGCGGAGUUCAUUCAGCUCAACAAACCCACUGAACCGAAACCAGCGUCCCAGAACCGGGAGCACCAUCAUCAUCCUCCACCGGCCAAGAAAAUCCGACAAGAGGAGAAAAUAUUUAAAGCCAAGAAGAUGAACGGAGGCACGGAGCAGCAGAAUUACAGCAGCAAACCGAAAAACAAGAAAACCAAAACAGAGAAAGACAGAGACCGAGAGAAAGAAAAAGGCAAAGAGAGAGAAAAAGAGAGGAAGAAACACAAACUGGCGGCUGAAAAUCACCUCAGUGUGAAGAAGGAAAACGGAGAGCUGAAGUUGUCGCAGAAAGAACACACCAUUAAAGACAAAGAGAAACCGAAAGACAGAGACCGUGAGAAAAAGAGGGAGCGAGAGAAGGACAGAGAAAAAGAGCAGGAGCGAGAGAUGAAGGAGAAAAGAAAACACAAGCUGAUGACGGAGAUGAAGAGAGAGAAUGGAGAGGUGAAGAUCCUGCAGAAAGGUGACGGAGAGAAGCCGAAGAUUAACUCCGCUGAGGACUUGCUGAUGAAAAAGGUCAAGAAGAAAAAGAAAAAGAAACAUAAAGAAGGUGAAAAGCGAAAGCGGCCCAAGAUGUACUGCAAGUCCAGCCAGACGGUUAGUCCUGAGUCCGAGUUCCAGCCUCCGGCUCCGGUCCAGCAGAGCGUCUCUGUGAGCUCCUGUAGCCCGACGACACCGGAGAGCAGAGGCACACCGAGCCUGAAGAACAUCUGCACUCAGAGUCUGAGCGCUACAGACGGCCCGGAGAAGCCCGCCACACUGCCCGGGCUGGACCGGCUGGAGUUCGGCUGUCUGGUCCAUGUGGAGAACCAGCCCAACGGAGGAGCCCUGGUUCUGCACGCCUACAGCAAGGAGCUCUCGGUCCUGACGCCCGUGGAGAUGCAGAGGUUCGCGCAGGAGUUCGUCACCCUGUCGUUUAGCGAGGACCAGGACGGCUCUGCCAACUACGUGAUGGGCGUGAUCCACGGGGCCGCCUCGUAUCUCCCAGACUUCCUCGAGUACUUCUCCUGCAAGUUCCCCAACUCGCCCGUCAAAAUGGAAAUCCUGGGGAAGAAGGACAUCGAGACGACUACCAUGGCAAACUUUCACACCCAGGUGAGGAGGAGUUACUCCCACGGCACGUAUCGAGCCGGAGCCAUGAGGCAGAUCAGUCUGGUGGGAGCCGUGGACGAGGAGGUGGGAGAUUAUUUCCCAGAGUUCCUCAGCAUGCUGGAGGACUCGCCUUUCCUGCAGCGCACGCUGCCGUGGGGGACGUUCUCCAGUCUGAAGCUGAAGAGCCCGACUGACAGUGACGACGGCCCCAUCAUGUGGGUUCGGCCCGGAGAGCAGAUGAUCCCCGUCACGGACAUGCCCAAGUCUCCCUUCAAACGGAAAAGGUCAACCAAUGAAAUAAAGAAUCUGCAGUAUCUUCCUCGAGCCAGUGAGCCGCGAGAGAUGCUGUUUGAGGACCGAACCCGAGCUCACGCUGACCACAUCGGCCAAGGGUUCGAGCGCCAGACCACUGCAGCUGUGGGGGUGCUGAAAGCUGUGCGCUGCGGGGAAAGUGCUGAGCCUCCACGCAUCACCAAAGACGUGAUCUGUUUCCACGCGGCUGAUUUCCCUGAUGUGGUUCAGCGGCUGCAACUGGACCUGUACGAGCCGCCCCUGUCUCAGUGUGUGCAGUGGGUCGAUGAUGCUAAACUCAAUCAGUUGAGGCGAGAGGGAAUCCGCUACGCUCGUAUCCAGCUCUACGAUAACGACAUCUACUUUAUCCCUCGCAACGUGGUUCACCAGUUCAAGAGUGUGUCGGCCGUGUGCAGCCUGGCCUGGCAUGUGCGCCUGAGCCAGUAUCACCAGGAGCCGGAGGAAGAGGAGGCUCACGAGGAGGAGGAGGAGCUGAAGCAGCUCAUCAAGCCGGAGCCGAGUGACGAGAGCAUCAGUGCUGCGGACACGACCCCCGACUGCAGACCCGCGCGAGACUCGCCGUGUGUGACGCCCAUGAAGAUGGAGAGGGCGGAGCUACAGGCUGAGAGGCCCAAAGCCCUUCCCAGAAGCCCCAGCUUGACUCCGCCUCUCGUCUCCUCUGACGGGCGACCCAAAGUGCUCAACGUGUCCGAAUGUCCCAGCGCUCCCUCACACACGUCACGCAACUCCACGGCCAGUGCGCACACCACCCCAAACCACACCACACACGCCGGCACCACCCAAACACACACACACGCCG